AAAAAAAAAAAAAAAAAAAAAAAAAAAAAGAAAGAGAAUGUCAACAGGGAACUCGCAAGUUAAAGGUAUUAGAUCAGCUAAGACUCCAGCUAAGACUCUAGCCAAAACUCCAGCCAAAACUCCAGCUGAAGUCUGGGUCUUAUCGGUGUUUUUUUCUCCGUAUAAAGCUGUUGAAUAUUCAUUUGAAUCUUGCUGCUUUGCCUCCAAAAAACUAGCUCAAGAAGCAAUGAGAAUAGAAGCACGACGUCUAUACAAAAAUUCAGAUAUUAUUCAAGAAGCUGAAGACAAAUACUAUAGAGAGUACGAAGCGGAAAUACACUUUGGCGAAAGCGAAGAUGAAUCUGAUUAUAGGAGAGAGUUUGGUUAUUGUAAAAUUAAAUCUGCCAAAUUGGAAGAAAAAAAAAGUGGGGAUGAAGUACCUUCAAGUACAAAUGAAGAUAGCGAUAAAUAUUGAACAAGAAAAUAUUGUAAUUAUAAAUUUCUUACUAAAAUAAAGCUCGCUCAAUUAUA